AUGGACCCAAAUGGCGAUAGGGAGGUGCUGGCCGUUGCGCGGGUAGACGGCGGCGCGGAACUAACGGAGAUUCCCCCACAGUUUCUCCUACCAAAACCCAAAAAGAUGGCGCGCGACGGCCUCGUUCACGGACGCCCCUCCGCGCUCCACGAGGCGAUGCAAAACGAACGCUACAACAAGAAACUCGCGCGCGAGGCGGCGAGCCGGGAGCUAUUGCGCUACCGCGUCCCCGUGAACCGCCCGCUCCCGCCCACUUCCGGAGAGGCCGGCGGGGAGAAAUACGAAGCCGCGGCGAAGGUGGAGAGCAUCUUCGCCCCGCUCUUUCGCGACGGCUCGGCCGGCAGGGGGGAAAGCGUCAAACUCGACUUUUUGACCCCGGCCGCUCACAAUCCCCGGCUCGAGGUUGAGCAGAAGAAACUGAAAGAGCAGGAGGCGCUCAUCGCCUUCAGCGCGCACCCGGCGACCAGCAAGAAGGAGAAAAAGCCGAACCUCGACAUGAAGGUGCCAAAGGGUUUCGUCCCGCAGUGCGCCACCGUGCAAACGGCGUCCUCGGCGUCGCGAAACGAGGGAAGAGCGGAGGUCGGCAGGCCGAGCGGGAGCCGACAGGCGUCGCAAAUGAGGAGCCCGGGGUGA